AUGACCAUCUACUACAGCCUCACGUUUCUGCUCCUCGCGGGCGAGAUGGUCACGUUCUGUUUCCUCGUCUUCCCUCUUCCCCAUAAUGUCCGCAAACCUGUCUUCAAAUUCCUGAGUGAAAGCCCUAUAGUUGCGAAGGUCGCCUAUGCACUCAAAAUAUCCUUUAUAUUCGUCGCGAUCUUAUUCGCCGAUGCCCUCCAGCGCAUGUUCCGUGUGACCGCCGAAGCGGAGUUAGCCAAACAAAAUGGGACUGCCCAUACCGGCUCGCCAGGCGUCGAGAACAGUCUCGCUGCACGGAAGUUCUACUCCCAGCGCAAUACCUAUUUAACAGGAUUCACGCUCUUCCUUUCUCUUGUCCUCACGCGGACCUUCUACCUCACCCUCGACCUGAUCCACGUCCAAGAAGAAUACGCGAAGCUCAAGGGCACUGGCGCUUCUUCCAAAGGCUCAUCAUCAUCGUCAGAAGUCGCAGACCUCAAAGCCCAGAUUGCAGAGCUUAACAAGAAAGAGCGAGAUUUUGAGACGCUAAAAAAGCAAGCAGCUCAACAGGCUGCCGAGUUUGAUCGCCUCGCCACCAAGUAUAACGAAGCGACUGGAGGCAACAGCAACAAACGCAAAGAUUAG